AUGUCCACCGCCGUGUCCAACCUUGCUGGCCGCCACUCGUUAAGCCAAAUCCUUGCAGACUUCGUCAAGUUCGCCGUGGACUCCGCCAUCGACGGCUACCUCAAAAUCAUCCCUGGUAGGAAGCAUGAAGAUAAGAUGGUGCGAGAAGGACUGAUAAAUAUACCGAUGUCGACACCAUUAAAGACCAAGAAACACCUUUUUGAAACAAAAGUGGAGGAAGUGAAGGAAGAGAUGAAUAAUAUGAAGCAGCAGUACAAAACAUCAAACAAACUUGUUGAAGAUUCACAGCCUCCAAAUAAAAUGGAUGAUAAUGGCUUUAAGGGAAUUAAUCUGAUGCAAGAAAAUGGGAAAAGAGUGUUCAUCCGGUCUCGUCUAUAG